AUGCCGAAUAAUCGCGAAUUUAUCGAACUACCAGUUAAUAUUCAAGAACACGCGACGAAUUUAAAAGUGCAAAAUGCGCGAACAAGGGACAAUCAUCAAUCGUUCGUCGCUGAUUGUUCAAGUAAUGAUCAGUGUUUGAGAUCAGAUGUUGUUUUAAUCGCAAUGGAUCAAAAUGAUUCAACGCCAGCAAGUUUCGAAGCAGCAACAAACAAAUCCAUUAAUAACAAUAAUCGUAAUAAUGCUGAGAAUAAUAAUACAAAUAAUAGUAAUGGUAAUGAUAACAGUAAUAAGAAUCGCCAUCGACGUCUCAAACCUUCUGCAUAUCGUACCUUCGUAAGAUUACUUCGCAAGCAGUUCCUUUCAUUAGCAACAUCUACGCCUGAUCAGCAUGAUCACAGUCAUGAUCAUAACCUUAAUACAAGUACUACUAUAAACAGUUGCGUAGCAUCUCCAUCUUCACAGAUUACUACUUCGAAUGGUUUUUGCUCAUCGCAGCACCUCCGUCGUCAUCACCAGUCAACAACAGUAGCUUCCGAAGUGAUAGAGCCGAACGACUCGACGAAUAGUUGCCAGAAAAGCUGCAAAGAGACGUUGUUCCCGAAAAAUAUCUGUCACCAAGACACUCAUCUCAAAAUCGGUGGCUCGACUGACUGUCAGUCAUCGUUAUUGGUGGUGUCAUCUGAAAUUGCGAUGGCUACUAAAUCAAAUAAUCGUUCAUGUGUCCCCAUGGCGAGUGAGCACUGCAGUUCAGGGCAAGGCUGCAGUGAAAAGCGAUCACCGUUUGCGGUAGGAGUAAGCUCGUAUUGUCGAUCACUGGCAUUAUCCUCAUCAUCUCAACAAAAAUGUGAUAUUGCCUGUGAACGACAGUACGACAGUAAUAAAGAUGAGGCAAACAACUCAGUUCAACAACGAUUCAAUAAGGAAAAAGAUCAUCAACUGCAAACCAUAACUGCCACUUCAAAUGACAAGUUCGAUGAAGCUACCACCUCCUCAUCUCGGUCAUCCUCGACAUUAUCUCAGGCUGAAAGAGCAUCACGUGAACAGCAACAAGCUGCAUGCACUUCUGCUGAGCUUCAGUCAACAAGUGCAUCAAUCAGUGAUCGUCGAGUUCAUGUUACUGUGAAAGCUGCUGCAAAACUUGUUCAACAACUGUUGCCUGCGGCUGUCUAUGAUGAUCCAUUUUGUGCAGUUACCGUCGAUGGUCUUCUACAUAUCUCUGAAUAUUAUUUAAUGUCAAAUAACCGAUCGAAACGACGAUUGAGUAAUUAUGAUCGUUCCAGUUCGAAAUCAAUUCACCUGUUCGACAUUUUGACCGUCUUUUAUGCGAAUUGGUCAUCGUUAACAUCGCAAAAUACUGAAAGUUCUACAUCUCUUCUUUAUCGAGCAUGGGGAUUAACGCCGAUCAAUUCAGUUUGGUGGGCCGCGGAUAGCACCCGGACAGCUGGAAAUAGAAGGGCGGAUGUAUCAAAGAUGUCAUCAAGUUUAGUGGUGCUCCGAUGUGUUAAAAGACACCCGUUGCAACACGGUUUUACUGUGGUCAAUUUAAACGCAUUUAUAAACGCUUUAAGAGCGUGUGGUUUACCUGAAUCGUGCUCAUUUGUCGCACAUUUACCGAGCGCUGCAUCCAACGAUCAAUUCAAUGACGAGCAAGUGCUCAAAUAUAUGGAUGAUGUGGUGGUGGAUGUCGAUAAAACGCAACAACUGGGUCAGAACAGCACUGACGAAAUUCGAAAGUUGCAUGAAUUUCAUGCCCCAGCUUAG